GUGCCUGGCACCCGGCCUGGCUGCAUAUUCUAAAAGAAGUGGCCCCAGAGGGUCCUUUUGCCUCCUGCUUUCCCUUUAAGGCAGCUUCCUGGCAAAAGUCGUGCAUUUACUAAUUCAGGGGUUUCUAUGAGAAUCCAAGGUGUUUUUUUGCUAUUCUUUCUCUCUUCCCUAGUCUCCAGACACAGCAGUGGGCUAGCAGCUUAGCUUGUAGCUUGGGCAGAACAGCUGACCUGGCCUGACUGGGAGGAAGGGUGAGCAGAAAUAGGGGUUGGGUGGAGAUCACCCGGAUGCCUUCCACAGAAUCGCUCUCAAGCUGCUGGUGCAAUCAGCCUCCUACCUUAGGCUGGGGACAGUCUUCUGAGUCAGUGCUUCCUAUUUGGGAAGAAGGACUCUGCUGGAGCCCUGGAACAAAUGCCAGUGACAGAACUCUCUGCCUUAGCCCACAAGAUGUAUUGCAGGGGGUGAAAUUUACCAGUGUAGCCAUUUCCAAAAUAUCAAGAACUCUCGGCUUAGAGAUGGACUUUACUCUCUCCUGCACCAUCAGAAAAGGAGGCUUUUGGGUAUUGAUUUCCAGAACUCCUUCUUUUGUUGGAAGAGUUAAUAUAUUUGGUUAAUUAUUAGGCCAAGUCUAUUUAUCUUAAUCAGGGGAGGACAGUGGCAUCGUGGCUGCAGAGAGUGUUUGGCCAUGUGCUCUCAGUCGGGAAGUCCUGGAAGUUCUAGGAUUCAGCAGGUGGCCUUGCUGGGGUUUUUGACUUCCGUUGACCAAGUUGAGAAGUGAAAGGUCAGCAAUCCAAGUGAUGGGGAUAUAGGAUCUCUAUCCUGAGACCAGCGAGUUUCCAGUGCCCAUAGUCUGAUGCUAUCAAGCACUAUCCACUGUUCUGAGGUUGUGAAUAAGCUCUGUGUACAAUUUGCAGCCCAGAUUCAAAACCCUUAGCCCAGAACUAGUCAGGCCUUUCUGGCUACUUUCAGCCAGAGGUGUUUGCUCAUGACCUUUUUUCUCACCACACCCUGGGGCCCUUGGGAGGAGCUGAGAUCUGCGCUGCAGUGCCAGGAUGCUGACUCUCUUGGUGCUGGCUUCUGCUGCCUUCCUGGGUUCUGUCACAUCCUUCUUGCUCAACCACUGGGUGCACAGGAUGGAAACUGCUCUCCCCUCUCUGGAAAACAGCACAUGGCUUAGCUUCACAGAGUUGUGGCUGGAGUCCGAAGCAGCAGCCCCUUUCUCAGACUUUCUGUCACCAGUCUUUCUGUGUUAGGGGAGAGGGGAGUCUGCUCUGCCCUGAAGGUCCAGCAAUGGAAGGACAAGUGGUAGGCCGGGCAUUCAGGCUCCUCCGACAUCGACUGCUUCGACCCAGAGCAGGACCGCCCCAGGACAAUUCAAAGGAAGCUUUAAAGGAACCAGAAAAGCCCCAGGAGCACCCUCUGCCCAACUUUGCUGGGGGGCAGCACUUCUUUGAAUACCUUCUUGUGGUUUCUCUAAAAAAAAAGCGUUCAGAGGAUGAUUACGAGCCUAUAAUCACCUACCAAUUUCCUAAGCGGGAGAACCUGCUUCGGGGUCAGCAGGAGGAGGAGGAGCGGCUGCUCAAAGCUAUCCCCUUGUUCUGCUUCCCAGAUGGUAAUGAGUGGGCAUCACUCACUGAGUAUCCCAGGGAGACCUUCUCCUUCGUUCUGACCAAUGUGGAUGGGAGCAGAAAGAUUGGAUACUGCAGGCGCCUAUUGCCUGCCGGACCUGGCCCUCGCCUACCCCAAGUGUACUGCAUCAUCAGCUGCAUUGGCUGCUUCGGCUUGUUCUCCAAGAUCCUGGAUGAAGUGGAGAAGAGACAUCAGAUCUCCAUGGCUGUCAUCUACCCGUUCAUGCAGGGCCUCCGAGAGGCAGCUUUCCCUGCUCCUGGGAAGACUGUCACUCUCAAGAGCUUCAUCCCUGACUCAGGCACUGAGUUCAUUUCACUGACACGGCCCCUGGACUCCCACCUAGAACAUGUGGAUUUUAGUUCUCUAUUGCACUGUCUCAGUUUUGAACAGAUACUUCAGAUCUUUGCCUCUGCUGUGCUGGAGAGAAAAAUUAUCUUCUUGGCUGAAGGUCUCAGCACCCUGUCUCAGUGCAUCCAUGCUGCCGCUGCACUGCUCUACCCCUUCAGCUGGGCACACACCUACAUCCCUGUUGUCCCUGAGAGCCUUCUGGCCACAGUCUGCUGCCCCACCCCCUUCAUGGUUGGAGUACAAAUGCGCUUCCAGCAGGAGGUCAUGGACAGCCCUAUGGAAGAGGUCCUGUUGGUCAAUCUUUGUAAAGGAACCUUCUUAAUGUCGGUUGGUGAUGAAAAAGACAUCCUGCCACCAAAGCUUCAGGAUGACAUCUUAGACUCUCUUGGUCAGGGGACUGAUGAGUUAAAGACUGCAGAACAAAUCAACGAGCAUGUUUCAGGUCCUUUUGUGCAGUUCUUUGUCAAGACUGUGGGUCAUUAUGCUUCCUAUAUCAAGCGGGAGGCAAAUGGGCAAGGCCACUUCCAAGAGCGAUCCUUCUGUAAGGCUCUGACCUCCAAGACCAAACGCCGAUUUGUGAAGAAGUUUGUGAAGACACAGCUCUUCUCACUUUUCAUCCAGGAAGCCGAGAAGAGCAAGAAUCCUCCUGCAGGCUAUUUCCAACAGAAAAUACUUGAAUAUGAGGAACAGAAGAAGCAGAAGAAACCAAGAGAAAAAACUGUGAAAUAAGAGCUGUGGUGAACAAGAAUGACCAAAGCUACACUCCAGUUCUGGACUUCAGCCCCUGCCAGUGUGGCAGGAUCAGCAAAGUUCUCAGCCCCCCAAUCCAUUACCUCAAUCUUAAGUCUUGACAUCCAGGUAUUGCUUAAAACUGGUGUCUGAGAUUUGGAUCCCUGGUAUCAAUUUCUUGGGGCUUUGGAGGGCUCUGACACCAUGCUCACAGAACUGGGCUCAGAGCUGCAUUUUUUGCAGGUGACACAGAGUAGGAAACAGUAGUACAGGUAUUGUAUAUACUUGGUUAGAAGCUGCUGCAACUGCCCUCUCCCAUCAUUGUAACAUCUUCAACAGAGAACACACUUUGUGGUUGAAAGGCUCAGCCUCUCCACAUAAAGUCUGUGGACAUGUAAGGAUGAGUAAAGAGGAAAAUCUUA